CACACAAUUUCCUGUGGAGCACCGACACCGCGUUGCCUGGGCUUCUCCGCAACCACAAGGGGGAUUCUGAGCGCGCGUGCACUCCAAUUCCCUGCCUCAAUUACCCUGGGGUUUGACGGUUGCCAGCUUAGUUCAGCGCAAACCGGGUGUUGCGAGGGUUGCAACGACACGCCCUCCCGAUCGCAGUCUCCGGUAAUUCUUGGGCUUUUCGACCGUUUUCCCGUCAGAGCCGCAGUGUGUCAACAGCGACUCCCCCCAUCUGAACCCUAACUGCUGCGUUGACGAUUCGUGCCGCCGAGACACCGAAAACAUGGGGGUCGCUAAGCAAGCCAUCUACUACGCCUUCCAUCCAAACGAGCUCCGGUCCAUCAUUCAAUGGAAAGUAUGGCACGAGCCGGUGCAUAAACGCGACCCUUCCAAAGAGACGGCGACAGAGAAGUCAUGUUUCCACUACCUCAACAUGACUUCGCGGUCGUUCGCCGCCGUCAUUCAAGAACUCAACCCCGAGCUCCUGAUGCCGGUCUGCCUCUUCUACUUGGUCCUCCGCGGCCUCGACACCAUCGAGGACGACAUGACGAUCGACAUCAAAGAGAAGGAGCCGCUGCUGAGGAAUUUCCACAAGUACAUGGAGCAGGACGGCUGGACAUUCGACAAGAACGGCCCUAACGAGAAGGACCGGGACCUUCUCGUGCACUUUGACGACGUCAUCGUGGAGCUGAAGAAGGUCAAGAAACCUUACUACGAAAUCAUCAAGGACAUCACGGUGAAGAUGGGCAACGGCAUGGCUGACUACGCCCUGAACGCCGAGCACAACAUCAACGGAGUCAACACAAUAGCCGACUACGAGCUCUACUGCCAUUACGUCGCCGGCCUGGUGGGCGAGGGUCUCACGCGGCUCUUUGUCAAGAGCGAGCUCGCCAACCCGCAGCUGCUGGUCCGCAUGGACCUGACCGAGAGCAUGGGCCAGUUCCUGCAGAAGACCAACAUCAUCCGCGACGUGCACGAGGACUGGCUGGACAAGCGGCGCUUCUGGCCGAAGGAGGUCUGGAGCAAGUACGUCGACAAGUGGGACGACCUCUUCGCCCCCGAGCACCGCGAGAAGGCGCUCCAGUGCAGCUCCGAGCUGGUGCUCAACGCGCUCAAGCACGCGGACGAAUGCCUCUUCUACAUGGCCGGCAUCCGCGACCAGAGCGUGUUCAACUUCGUCGCCAUCCCCCAGAGCAUGGCCAUUGCGACUCUGGAGCUGGUCUUCCGCAACCCGGACAUCUUCGAGAGGAACGUCAAGAUCACCAAGGGCGACGCGUGCAGGCUGAUGUUGGAGUCGACGCAGAACCUGCGUGUGGUAUGCGACGUGUUCCGGAGAUACGCCAGGAGGAUACACAAAAAGAAUGAUCCAAGGGACCCCAAUUUCUUGGCCAUCAGCAUGCAGUGCGCCAAGAUCGAACAAUUCAUCGAGUCCAUCUUCCCCACGCAGGACCCCAAGAAGAUCGCAGCCGGCCAGAAGCAGGUCAACGAGGCCGGCAUGGACACGGGGGAUGCCAUCCUGCUUGUGCUUUCUGCCGUGUUUACCCUGGUUGUCAUUGGCCUCCUCAUGGUCGGAACUGCAUGGUUUCUGGGCGCUCACCUGAACAAAUUUUUCGACGGCCUCGACAAUUCGCUUGGUGGCAGCGUCAAGAAGCCGACGUCAGUCCUCGGCCACGAGGAGUUGUGAGACGUGCUAUGGAACGCAACAGCCAGCGAGAGCAAGGCAUUUUUUUUUUCUGGUUCCCGUUCUUCUAGACAUCUUCCUAAUGACAUACCCACCCUGAAAAGUGUGGUCAUGGACACGAUGACGAGCGAGCGAGCGACUGGCGAAACUCGGGUUUUUGGCGACGCCUAAAAUCAAGGCUCUGAGAGGACUCUUGGGGGCAACCUAAUACCUUACUGACAUAAUAGAUCUACGUCCUUGAUUCCUUCC